AAUGCGGAUUUAGCUGCGUUGUCGACGACAUCGAACUCGUCACCACCGUAUUCGCAGGCGGGCACCGAACAAAUGCAAUACUCAACACCGGAAUCAUGCGCAGAUCAACGCACAGAAACCCCGUCGUCUGACCAGUUGAACGGGGAACUGUCGGUGUCCAACGGGUUCUCGCCUGACAACGGCACAGGUUCCGAUAGGGAUCAAUCACCUGACUGUGUCUCUACCUCUUCAUCCGGUGAACCACAUCUUCUAGGCUCAAAGACGAUCUCAGCUGAAGACGCUGAAUUACAGCGACAAAUUCUGCGUCUUCAAGCGUUCAAUGACGAGGUGAACGACAAAAAACCUCCAGCAUUGAAUCUGCUGACAUCAUUGCAUAACAACCCGUUACUGGCUGAGAAAUUAGCCAGUUGUAUGAUUCCCGGUAUGCCGCAACCGCCGACGGCUACAGUACCUCUAGCAGCGUCACUAGUUCAAACUCCG